AUGUUGGAUCUGACAAACCAGGAGUCAGACUCGUCAGAGAACGGCAACAGUAAAUACGCUGAUUCUACAGAUGGUCGAGGUAUUGGCACUAGCCGGAGGCUUGAUGAUGAAGAUCUGGAUGAACGGCGAAAAGAUUUGGCAGAUUUGGUCUUUUGGAUGAGUGGUCUGAAAGCGACAACGCUGCCAUUGGAUGACCACACUAGUCUUUGUAAUGGACGAGCAUUCGCGGAGAUCCUUCAUGAAAUUGACAGAAGCUUUUUCGACGAAAGAUGGCUGGAAACGAUGCCGGAAAUGCGAACAUCAUCAAACCUUGUUGUGAAACGUAGCAACCUUCGUAAACUAUGGCGCAAAAUGUCGGACUACAUCCAAGUGCUCAACCGAAAAGUCGUUAGUACUCGCUGGACAGAAAUCGGAGAUCGCCUUGAUGGUUUAGAUGAGACGGACAUUCCGGUUGCAGCUGAUCUUGCUAUGGCUGUUGUGUCUCUUGCUUUUAUAGGAAAAACACAAGAAAAAUAUAUCCAAUAUUCUCAAGAGCUUCCUGCUGGAGAGCACCAACACAUGAUGGCGAAUGUUGCGCGGUUGGUUCAAAUCGUAAUGGAAGAACUUCCUGAAGUUCCAACGUUUCAUGAGAUAUCAGAACUCGAUGGAUCUCAAAACGAACUGAAUAGCUCACAUGUCGAAUCAUCAGUGAUCACAAAUGGAAACGGAUCAGCAGAACGUCGGAGUACAUUGUCGGCGAAUGACCAAGUACUUGUUGAAGCACAGCUGGAAAUAGACGAAUUGCGUUCUGAAAGAGACAAUCUGAUAAAAGACGUGGAGCGUCUGACAAAAGCUUUAGAAUCAUCCCAACUCGACACUUCUACAUGCUCGGAACCUAAUGAGCUCAGUAUACUUGAGAAGCAAAACGAAGAGCUUCGAGUGAAACGACGACAAGCUGAGGAAAGAGUCCUGGAACUGGAAGCAUCAAUGGAGCAUUUCCAAGCAAUUGUUGUUAAACUGACCGAUGAGAAUGACACACUUCAGUCUGGACAAAAAGAAUUGAACAUGCUCAAAACUCAUUUGGAUACUGCUCAGUCGGAUGUAGAAGAAUGGAGAACAAUUGCCAACAAAUAUCAGUCGGAUGCUGAGAUGCUGAAAAAACGAGAAAAAGAGGUUAAAGAACUUCAAGGACAAGUUAAAUCACUCACAUCGCGACUUGAACAUCAUGUGAAGACUGCCACCAUUGACGAAGAUAACAAAGCAGGAAUAGUACAGUUGCGAUCUCAAAUCGGCACAUUGACAGCGAACAACGUCGAGCUAAAUGUGGGAUUAGAAUCCAAAAAGAGGAUCGUGGAACAACUCGAACUUCAAUUGAUUCAAUAUAAGGAGAAGGUGAAAGAACUAGAAGAUAGAAAAGAAGAUCUCAUUGCCGAAAGAAACGAACUUGAAAACAAGCUGUUAUUCAAAGAGUCUGUUACGCCACGAUCUCUUCACGAGUCGAUGUUUGAGGCUGGACACUUAUCCUUCGACGACAAAACCAAGUUGCCUCUGGAAAUUGAAAACAAACGACUGACGGAACGAAUUCAGGAGCUAGAAUCACUUGAACCACUCAAGGGCGAGAUUAUCAAAAUGAAAAGUCAAAACGGCGUUCUAGAAGAAGAGAAACUUGUAAUUACUAAACAAAUGGAGGAACUUGAGCGCCAAGUAGCUGAUUUGCAAGAAAAACUGACGAAAAAUCAACAGCAUGCGAGUGGGGAUGUUGUCGAGCUGAAAGUGCAGUUGGAGAAAGCAAAUGUCGAAGUAGAACGAAUGAGAGAAACUGAGAUGAGAACGGAAGCGAAAUUGGCAGGAGUAGAGGAACUUCUCCGAAAGAGGAAUGUUGAAAAAGAAGCCAACGAAACUGCAUUACAGAAAGCCAAAGCUGUAAUUGACGAGCUGGAAAGCAGGAAUCGUCCGGUGGGAGAAGAUAACAAAACUUCCGUUCAGGACUUCAAGGAAUUGAAAACGGAAAAUGAGUUACUUCGCCAGAAGAACGAGGCUUUGGAAACCGCUUUAAACACAACGACACAAAGUCUAGAGCAGGAGAAUCGGCUGAUCACUAGUGCUGCUCAUCAGCAGAUAUUGGAUCGUUCAUCUGACAGCAUGAUGAUUAUGAGAGCUCAAGCUGGAUCCGAUCAUCCACAGACUCUGUUAGACACGCAAAAAAUGACGAGGGCUCUUCCAUGGAGAUUCGGCAUCAGCAGCAUGCUCAUCAUCUUCAUGGUUUGGUUUUUCAUAAACACGUUCUGCGAGGUAAAUGCACCUCCGAAAGCCUAA